AUAUUAUAUAUUUAAUAUUCUGCUUCCAGAUACUAAAAUGGAUUUUGAAGAGAACUUAAUGCAGGAUUGUUUGUUGGACGUUUAUGAUCUAUCCCCGAGUAACACGGAUAUCUUUUAUAAACUAUUGCUAGACACUUUAAAAGCCAAGGAUUUCCAUUCUUUCAAAAAUAUUAUACACAACAGAAAACAGCCAACUGAUUUAAAUGUCAACUAUGUCUAUCCUAACACAGAAGAAACAUGCCUUGACAUCGCCAGUAGAAAUGGUCUGACAGAAUUUGUGCAACUUUUAUUGCACAAAAGAGCAAAGCCCAACAGAAUAAACAAAGUGUACAAUCGUGCUCCUAUUCACUUCGCUACAGAAGGCGGACACGUGAGUACACUGGAAGCCUUGUUAAAGGAGUCGACAACAAAUCCGGAUUUUGAAGCAGGACAUCAAACCGCUCUGCACAUCGCGGUGAGAAGAAACGACCUGACAUGUGCCGGUCUGUUGCUGGAGAACGGUGCCAGCGCCAGUAUUCCAAAUAGCAAGGGUUUGACGGCUCUUCACUUGGCGGCGGUGAAAGGUCAGCGGGAUAUGGUGAAAUUGAUACUGAAGAAAAGCCAACAGUGUCCAGACGUUGACACUUACAAAGAUUACAAUGACCAAACGACGCGAGAAGUGAUUCAGCAAAAGCUGCCGGGUGUAUCGUUACCAUUUAAACAUGAAUAUCGUGAUGUAAAUGUACACGAUCUUAAGUAUUAUCUGAUUGCCGAUGAUGAGACAAACUUCCUAAAAAGUAUGAAGUUUGUCAAGACAAAGAUUUCUCACGAUGUAGCCGAAGAGUUGUUGGAGAUGGCUGUGCAGCACAAUUUUUAUAAAGCUGUUAUUGCAAUCAUACAAAAAUUCAUGAGUCAAUGUUUCAACGUAAGGAAAGCCGCAGAAGCAGCUGUUCGGCUAAGCCAUAGCGCUAUCCUUCGGGAAUUGUUAUAUGUAGAGCCCAAAGUUGCCAACGACUUAAUACUGAGCGCCUGUCAGCAGUUAGGAAUACCAGAAAGACGAAAAAAUAAUAUAUCUGAUCGACUGGAAUGUCUAAAAUUAAUUCUAGAACAGGAAAGCGUAGACGUUCAUUGCACAGACAGUAAAGGUAAUACACCGUUGCAUUAUGCAGCCAGAGCAGGUUGUGCCGAAGCGGUGACCUUGCUUCUCAAUCGAGGCAGCUAUAUUGGCUAUAAGAACGAGUUCAACAUACCACCUAUUGCAGACAUUCCAGCUUGCAUGCUAUCGCGUUACUUCGAUAACUGCUUACAGAUACGGAAGGAAUGGGCAAAUGAAAACGUAAUCGAAUUCAACUACAGUUGUCUGAUGCCACACGACGUUUUGAAGAAACAUGACGAAACUCGUCAGACAACUCGUGAGGUGGAAGUUUUCGAAUACAUAGCUAGCAACAGUAAUCUCAAACACUUGUUGAAGCAUCCGCUGCUUUCGUCCUUUCUUUACCUCAAAUGGCACAAGAUACGACACGUUUUGUAUGCAAAUUUUAUCUUUUAUGUGAUCUUCUAUGUCCUAUUGAACGUUUACAUCUUAAGUAUGAGUUCCAACAAUUCUCCGAAUGAAAAUAGAAUGCAGAUAACUAAUGACAGCUUCAACAUUUCGACUUUGGAAAAUCCUCUGCAAAUCAUCCGGUACCAAGACAAUUUUUUAUGGAUCUCUAUUACCUUACUAUUGUUACUCUUUACUUUACGGGAGAUUCUUCAAUUCAUUUUCUCUCCUUAUCAUUAUUUGACGAACUUGGAGAACUUGUUGCGAAUCGUACUGAUCACUUUGACAUUUGUCUUCAUAUGUGGGGCGAAUCUUCAAAUCGGUACUCUAUUGAUUCUAUUGUCCGCCUGGAAAUUGAUAAUAUUAGUCAGCCAGCAUAGGGAUAUGUCUACCAACUUUGAAGUAUUCCGGACAGUUUCUGUCAACUAUGCGCGUUUAUUCCUUCCGUAUAUGUUCUUCACCAUUACGUUCGCUUUGACUUUCUAUACGCUCUUCAAGGAAAACACAAAUUUUUCCGAUCUCAUGUACUCAUUCUUCAAAACCACCAUCGUGCUUAUCAGCGAGUUCGAAGCCAAUGAUAUCUCAUUCAUCCUGCACCUUUUUUGGAGCCAUAUUACAUUAGUGCUGUUCGUCUUUCUCAUUGUUAUCGUACUAUUUAACUUGCUCAAUGGUUUGGCGGUUAGUCACAUCGCCGAGAUCUCAAGCAAGGCUGAGCUAAUCGGACACAUCUCCUGGAUACGCGUAGUCGCCUAUAUCGAAAAUAUAGCAAUUGAUAAACCGUUUUACUUCUGCUGUGGAAAUUCCAGAUUAUCACGAUGGAAUCCUUUUGACUUCCUCGCGAGCAGAAUUUUCCUGUUUCCACAUUAUCUGAGAGAUGGCAAAAUCAACGUAAAGUUGUAUGACAGUAUAAGAAACGAUAAAUAUGAUGUAUUUGUAGCAAAAGAUUACGUUUGUAAUGAGUCUGUAAAUCACGAUAAAUAUUGGACUAGUUUGAGAAUGGAUCCUAAUAUAAUGAAACAAGCUAAACAAAUUAUUUUGGAAAAGAAUCAGUUACCAAAUAAUAAAGAAAUAAUGACGGAGUUGACCAAAUUGCGAGUGAAAUUAACUGCGAUGGAAAUUACUUUGAAUACAAUUUUAAAGUUCAAACACGAAAAGUUCCAACGUCCCCUUGGGGAAAUUUAUUUUAAAAAACGGCAAAAAAAAACUUAAAACUUAUUGCAAAGGAAACUUAAACAAAAACCUAAGAAAUAGGAAAGAUAAAUUUGAACACUUUAAAUUCAAUAAUUUAAAAAAUUUUUUUGUACAAUAAUUCGCUGUGAAACAUAAAAAAUUAUGAAAAUUAAAAGACAAUUUUUAAGUUUUAAGAUUACCUUAAACAAUUUUAAGGUAAUCUUAAAACUUGCUGUAAAAGAAAUCUAAAGAAACCUAAGAAGUGUGAAAAGUAAAUGUCAACAAUUUUAAAGUUUUUCUUUAAGAUAUUUUUAAAAUUAUAAAAUCAUAAAAUUGUCUUUCAAUUUUUAUAAUUUU